AACCAUGCUGAACCCAGAAGAACCACAAGAAGGAAAUAACGAUCUCCAAGCCCACAAUGAUUCCAAUGACUCAUCACAGACAAUGACACGAAGCAAGCUGUUCAUUGCUCAAGCAUCAGCUCAUGCAAAUCUUCUGAAACAAGAAAAGAUUGAUCUAAUUUUACAAUUAAGAGCAAAGAUUGAUGGUUUAAUCAGUAAUAUCAGAGAUUCAAAGACUUUAUGUGAUAAGUAUGAUAGUGAAAUCCAAUACUUUCAAGAGUACAUUGGUGGACUCGUGAAGAAGUAAACAAACACCGCACUAAAAGAAAAAAAAAGAACUAAGCUUUUUUUUUUUGGCUGCCAAAUUAAACACUAACAAUGCUGGCGGUAAAUGAAAACGAGAAUGAAAAUAGCCAAUUAGAUGGUUCUAUAAGUCCGGUUAGAGAUAUUACUGGUAAUUUUCAUUCCAAGCUGAAAACAUCAAUUCCAUUUGCAAGAAUUCAUACCAAUGUAUUAGAGAAUUCACCUGUUGUGAUCCAAAAAGCAGAUACUGUCAAGAGGUUUCCAUCCACCACCUUUGAAACUAGAAAUACCGAUAGCUUUUCCAGUACCGAUGAUGGUGAUAUCUUUUAUGAAGCUUCUCCUGAAUUGAUUGAUGUUGCCACUCUUGAACCGGAGAUUAGAUAUUAUCCUACACUUUUAGAAGAAACAAAUUAUCCAACAAUUAAUGUUUCUCUUGAACCUCAUAUGGUAAAACCAUUAGCUGAAACUUGUGAAUUGAAUUUGGAAAGUGUAGUUAAUCCAAUUGAUACUCCCCCUGAUAUGUUCUUUCCUUCACAUGACAAUUUAGAUGCAGACUCUUUAGUCUUGCUUAACAUUAUGAAGCAUGAACUUAAAGAAGAAGAAGAUAUAAAACAUCGUGUUGGUUGGUUUAAAAACUGGUUUAAAUUUGAUAGUCAAUCUUGUUGGUCUCAAUUUAUUGCUCGUCCAGAAUUUAUUGGCCAAACUUGUGAAGAUGACAAGUCUGAUGUGUAUUUAGAUAAAGUGUUUGAGUAUUUAUAUGAUAUUUAUUAAAUAUUAAUCAUUGCCACAUCUGAGAUUUCUUGAAAACCUGUACGAAUACUCGAUACGUAUAAAGAACAAGAAGUCCAACAUCCGACUGUUGAAUUUACUUGAGAUUGAGGGUAUAUGUCGGUAAUUAGUUCAACCAAGUUUUGUUUAAGUCCAGGGAUAGAAGAUCCUAUUCCAGUUAUAACAAUAUUCUCUAGUAUUAAAUUGCGGGUAUCUAUUUCUGACUUUUUCAUAAUCUUGUCAAUUAUUUCUAGGACCAAAUUAAUUGGAAUUGAGCUUUUGAGUUUACCUUGCAAUAUUAAAUCUUCCACUGUUUUAAAAUCAACCUCGUCAGAGCUAUUCAAUAAUUGUAAAACUGAGUCAAAAUAUAUCUUCUCGCUACUCAAAGUGGACUCUUCUUCUCGCGAUAUUUCGUGAAGAUCCACCACACUGUGUACUUUAAGACUAUGCCAAUCAAAAUCAAGAACUAAUCCAUUUCGUCGAUUACUUCCAAUAACUGUAAGAAGUGUACCGGGAACAAACACAACUGAUCUGGUUCUUAACUUUUCCAAUAAUAUUCGACAUAAUUCUUGUUGAAACUUCACUGAAAAUUCAUUAUUGACAACUACUACUUUUGUCAGUCUCGGUACUAUCUGCAAAUCUUCUAACCAAAUUGUGUAUAAAAUUCUUGCAAGAAAUACAAGAUCUUGCUUUUCAAAAUUAAGCCAAUUACCUCUUGAUUGUUGAUAAAUCCGUGACAUGCUCUUAUAUUUAGGAUUGUCAUUGUUGAAUGAAUCGAUGAUAUCUUGUCUUUGGGAAUUGGUCAAGGAAUAAUCCUUUACUUCUGGAGGAUGAAGUUCCUCACUCUCAUUAACAUCAUAAUUUAUAGGUAUAAUACAUUCAGGUACGGUUUUACCUGCAAACCCAGCUUUAAUAUAUCUCGAGUUAAUCUCGAGUAUUACUGUGGUUAUUCUAUUAGACA